UUGCUAAGGGUGCCGCUCGCUGGAGGUGGUGGGAGUCUGAAGUUUUGGGAACCUGGGCCUGAGAGGUGAAGGGUCAGUACAAAGCCUGGGAAGAGAUGGUGAAGCAGACGAUCCAGAUUUUCGCCAGGGUGAAGCCCACUGUCCGGAAGCAUCCACAAGGGAUUUAUUCCAUAGAUGAAAGUGAAAAAUCAUUACCAAGCUUGGAAAUUAUCGUACCUCAUGAUUUGGCAGAUGGGUUUGUGAAUAAUAAGCGAGAAAGCUACAAAUUUAAUUUUCAAAGGAUUUUUGAUCAAGAUGCAAACCAAGAGACCCUUUUUGAAAACAUUGCCAAACCAGUUGCUGAGAGCAUCCUGGCAGGCUACAAUGGCACCGUCUUUGCAUAUGGGCAGACGGGCAGCGGUAAGACAUUCACCAUCACGGGUGGGGCAGAGCGCUACAGGGACAGAGGCAUCAUCCCAAGGACACUGUCGUACAUUUUUGAGCAACUGCAAAAGGACAGCAGCAAGAUAUAUACAACACACAUUUCUUAUUUGGAAAUCUACAAUGAAUGUGGUUAUGAUCUAUUGGAUCCAAGACACGAAGCCUCCAGUUUGGAAGACUUGCCGAAAGUGACAAUAUUGGAGGACCCUGAUCAGAACAUUCACUUGAAAAACCUGUCUCUUCAUCAGGCAACCACGGAGGAAGAAGCUCUGAAUCUGCUUUUCUUAGGAGACACCAACAGAAUGAUUGCAGAGACUCCCAUGAACCAAGCUUCAACUCGUUCCCAUUGCAUUUUCACUAUUCAUUUAUCAAGCAAAGAACCAGGAUCUGCAACUGUCCGACAUGCCAAACUUCAUUUGGUGGACCUGGCUGGUUCAGAGCGAGUUGCAAAAACUGGAGUAGGGGGCCAGCUUCUCACAGAGGCCAAGUACAUCAACUUGUCACUGCAUUACUUAGAACAGGUUAUCAUUGCCCUUUCAGAAAAACACCGUUCCCACAUUCCAUACAGGAACUCCAUGAUGACCAGUAUCCUAAGAGACAGUCUGGGCGGGAACUGCAUGACAACCAUGAUUGCAACACUCUCUCUAGAGAAAAGGAAUAUUGACGAGUCUAUAUCUACCUGCAGAUUUGCACAGCGGGUGGCACUCAUAAAGAAUGAAGCUGUUCUUAAUGAAGAAAUUGACCCCAGAUUGAUGAUUAUACGCCUACAAAAGGAAAUCCAGGAGCUGAAGGAUGAACUGGCCAUUGUCACUGGGGAGAAGAAGACAGAGGCACUCACAGAAGCAGAGCUGCUUCAGCUGGAAAAACUAAUAACAUCCUUUUUGGAAGACCAGGAUCCAGAGAGCAGACUAGAGGUUGGCGCCGAUAUGCGUAAAAUUCAUCACUGUUUCCAUUAUUUAAAGAAACUACUGAAUGACAAGAAGAUUUAUGGAAAGAGCACAGUGUCCUCCGAAAUCAAAGAUCAGGACUCCCAAGAACCAUUACAAGAGGAAGAAUAUAAAAAGCUACGAGAUAUUCUACAGCAGAGAGAUAAUGAAAUCAAUAUUCUGGUCAAUAUGUUAAAGAAGGAAAAGAAGAAAGCUCAGGAUGCUCUCCACUUAUCUAUCAUGGAUAGAAAUGAGUGCAGACACGCACAGAGCUCACCCUUUCCUCCUGGGAACCUGGAAGGUCCAAGGCCGUUGCUGUCCUCAACUCCCACACAGGUCCAGGACUCCACCACUUUAGAGCACCGAUCCAGCUUAGUCCAGAGAAAAACAGGGAUGAGAGAAGAGAUGUCAUUAGGGCGCCAGGAGGCUUUUGAAAUCUUCAAGAGGGACCACGCUGACAGCGUUACCAUCGAAGACAACAAGCAGAUUCUGAAACAGAGAUUUUCUGAAGCAAAGGCCCUGGGAGAAAAUAUAAAUGAAGCAAGAAGUAAAAUUGGUCACCUGAAGGAAGAAAUCACCCAGCGGCAUCUGCAGCAAGUAGCUCUAGGUAUCUCUGAAAACAUGGCCGUGCCCUCAGGGCCAGACCGGCUGGAAGAGAAGCUGCGGUCACAACUGGAGGAAGAAAAGAGAAGGUAUAAAACCAUGUUCACACGCCUGAAGGCCCUGAAGGUGGAGAUAGAGCACUUGCAGCUGCUCAUGGACAAAGCCAAGGUGAAGCUGCAGAGGGAAUUUGAAGCCUGGUGGACCAAGGAGGCCAGCAGACUGCAGGUGAACCCUGCAGCAGGGAACCCACUCGGCCACACGCAGCCUCUCCCCCAGGUGCCUGAAUCUCAGCAGGAAAGGCCCCAGCUUCCCCCCAGCAACAGGUUUGGUUUCUACAGUGAUGUGAGCGCCAGGAAAGUCCUGCCCUCACCUGGCCCCAUCCUGUGCAGCCCGGAGCCGACCAACACUCAAGCCUCCCUGGAUGACAGCAUCCCUGAGAAGCCAGUGUCGUCCAUCCCUCUCACCGGAGACAGCCAGACGGAUUCCGACAUCCUGGCAUUCAUCAAGGCCAGACAGAACAUUCUGCAGAAGAAAUGUUUCCAGUAAGUGUCCAGCAUGAACGGAAGACAGAUGAAGGCACCUCUUCUCGCUCACCCUGGCCUCAGAAGUGAUCUGGGGGCUGCUGGGAGCAACUAGUGACUUUAGUUUCAAUGGAGGAGACUGUGUUUCUUUAGGGGUGGUGUCCUGGAGGCUGCCUAUGAGGCUGGGGCCAUCUUUGCUGUGGGUGCUGGAGCUGUAGGCUGGGUCAGACAGUGUUAGGGUACUGGGGUCAGGACAAGGGAUUCAGCUCACUCAUGCAGCAGUGUUUCUCAUAAACAAUGGAGACCCUUUUAGAUUAUAAAGUAGUACUAUUAUAAUAUAGUGCAGGGACACUCAGGGACACCAGUGGUGGAACAGAGGGAAAUAAUAGUCAUUUUUAGCUAUUCACCAGCCCAUUCCCUGCCCUGCCCUUGGUGUAGAAGCCCAGGAACAGCCAGGGCAAGCCAGGUAGUGGGGCAGAGUCAACACCAGGGCGGUGAGAGGCAGGGCAUCUUGGUGGCCAGUUCCAAUCUCUCAGACCAAACCCUGCACCAUCACCCCAAUGCCCUGAUGGCCCCUAGGCAGUGCCCAAGUGAUCUGUGUCUCCAGGGAGCCCCCCACCCUGUAGAGUCAAAGGACACCAUGGCACCCACAGAGCAGUAGAUAGCUCCCAGGAGCUCUACAGUGUGGGCACCUUGGGGUGCUACAGAAUUUGGGACAAAACUCCCACUCCCACUGGAGAAACAGCUGCCAGGAGUCUUGUCUCAGGGAGCCUCCCCACACUCCAGGCCCUGGCUCCUGGUGCAGAUCCAACGGAGGGUGUCCAACCCCUAGGAGGCAUUGGGUGGUGGCUACAAAGGCGGGGGGAGGACUGGCACCUGGAAAUGAAGGUCACAGAAUAAAAGUGCUUGCCCACUG